AGCUCAUCUGCGUCGGCCAUGCAUGCGCCAGUCACCGGUCACCUUGGUUUGGUGCAGGCGCGCUUCGAUUGACUUUGGCUUUUGCCCUUUGCACGAACUGAUCGCUUGCAAGGCACCCAGACAGGACACAGAGCGUCUUCGAGACUGCUAGCGCUUGUCACUGCUCGCUUGUCAAUCGCUCAGCCAGCAGACUCGGCAGUCACCACGGGCUUUGACUGCAAAGCACCGCCAGGCACGCAAAUUUUCGGCGUCGAGUCAUAGGCAGAUCCUGCAGCGAUGUGCGGCAUCUUUGGAGCCCACAACUACGAUGGAGACAUCACUAGCUUCAGGGCAAAAGCACUCGCACUCUCUAGAAGGCUACGGCAUCGAGGUCCAGAUUGGUCAGGAUGUGUGAUGACAAAGGACUCGAUACUCUGCCAUGAGCGACUCGCCAUUGUGGGCGUCGAUUCGGGCUCGCAGCCGUUGACGACUGAGGAUGGCAAGCUCAUCCUCGCAGUCAACGGGGAGAUUUACAACCAUCGCCAGCUUCGUGCCGGUCUGAAACAGCCCGCGACGUUCAAGACGCAUUCGGACUGCGAAGUCAUCCUGCAUCUCUACAAAGAGCACGGUACUGAUCUCUGCGGCAUGCUCGAUGGCAUGUUCUCCUUCCUCUUGCUCGACACAAACGUCACUCCAUCUCGCCUAAUCGCUGCCAGAGAUCCUAUCGGCAUUACGACAUUAUACCAAGGCUGGAAUUCAGCCGCACCUCAGACAGUCUACUUUGCUUCUGAACUCAAAGCGCUCCACGACGAGUGCGAUCAUGUCAUAUCGUUCCCGCCUGGUCACGUCUACGAUUCUGCGACCGGCAAAACAGAGCGGUAUUUCCAGCCUACCUGGUGGCAAGGCGACUUGUCAGACGACGCGAUUCCCACUCAGCCCGCCGACCUCAAGCUGAUCAGAGAUACCUUGGAGUAUGCAGUCAAGAAGCGACUCAUGUCAGAAGUGCCUUAUGGCGUUUUGCUUAGCGGUGGCUUAGAUAGCAGUCUGAUUGCGUCCAUUGCUGCCAAAGCGACCGAUCAGGUGGCCGCUGCACAGUCUCGCGCAUCUAGCCGAGGUCGAUCGUCUUUCGAUAGCAAGACAAACCGCACCGAAUCACCCAAGGGGUCCUCAAUGGGCUUAGUUGGCGUUGCGCCCGGCGAGGAUUCCUCCAGUCUGACCGCCUGGCCCAGAUUACACUCCUUCUCUAUCGGCUUGCCGGAAUCACCAGAUUUGCUCGCGGCGAGAAAGGCAGCAGAAUUUCUUGGCACGGUUCACCACGAAUACACCUUUACCGUUCAAGAAGGGCUUGACGCCAUUCCCGAUGUCAUCUACCACCUCGAGACGUACGAUGUGACGACUGUACGAGCCAGUACACCAAUGUAUCUGCUCAGUCGCAAGAUCAAAGCCAUGGGCGUCAAGAUGGUCUUGAGCGGUGAAGGAUCGGAUGAGAUCCUGGGCGGCUACCUCUACUUUCACGCGGCGCCGGAUGCCAAGUCGUUCCACCAAGAAUGCGUCAAACGUGUCAAGAAUCUACACACGGCAGAUUGUCUGAGAGCAAACAAAUCGACAAUGGCUUGGGGCCUAGAGGCCCGCGUGCCAUUCCUCGAUAAGCAGUUUUUGGAGGUAGCGAUGAACGUCAGACCGGAAGAGAAGCAAUUUGGCAAGGGACAGCAGCAGCAGACUGACGCUCAGGGAAAGCCGAUCAUGGAGAAGUACAUACUGCGCAAAGCAUUCGAUUGUAUCGCAACGGACGGACGACCGUACUUGCCCGAUGACAUUCUUUGGCGACAGAAGGAGCAAUUCUCGGAUGGCGUCGGCUACUCGUGGAUUGACGGUUUGAAGGAACAUGCUUCCCAAGUCGUCUCUGAUGAUGCGCUCAAAAACGCAGCGCAACGCUAUCAGAUCGACACACCCACGACGAAGGAAGCCUACUAUAUCCGCGAAGUCUUUGAAGGUCACUUCCCGACAGAAGCCGCAGCAAGGACAGCAGUCAGAUGGAUACCGAGGAAAGAUUGGGGCAUGGCUGAGGAUCCCAGUGGCCGCAGUGUUGCUAUCCACGAGAGCGCAUACAAGGGCAAAGCAUAGAUCUCAUGUUGUCGAGCGCAGUGCAUCGCUAGCAUUGCCGACGCGGG